AUGCGCUACUCAAUUGUUUUCUUCGCCGCUCUCCUUGGAUCUGCUGCUGCCACACAGGCUGGCGAGCUACAGGACCGUGAGGUCCAUGAAGUCUCUGCUCUUCAGGAGCGAGCCCCCGUCAUAAGACCGCCUGGCUGGAAGGGCAUUGGCAUCCCGUACCCUAAAAAGCCAAUCCUCCCCAAAGGCCGCCCAAGUCGUCCAAAGAGGCUCCGCAACCUUGAAGAGCUUGAAGAGAGGUCCCCUGUUAUGAGGCCGCCAGGAUGGAAAAGUAUUGGCGUCCCUUACCGUAAGACGCCAUUUCUCCCUAAAGGCCGCCCAACCCGCCGCAAGCGGGAUCUAGACGAACUUGAAGGAAGGGGUUUUCAGCGAAGGGCAUUGCCUGGCCCCGCACCUCGACGUAUGGGCCUGAGCGGGUCUCGCAUAAACAGACCUUAUUACAAAGGUCUUGCGGCACCUAGGCGCCGUCCCCGCGACGUUGAGGGGCUCGAUGAACGAGAUCUUUAUGAUGACGCAUGGUUUGACUCGGAGGAGUAA